AUGUCUGAAGAGAAGAAGAUUGAAAAAACAUCUGAGGUGGCUCCUCAGCCACCAACGUCUGCGGUUUUUUCCAUGUUUGGAGGCAAGAAGGCUGAAAAGAAGGAGGAAGAUACCAAAGAUGAAAAAAGCGAGACUAAAGAGUCCAAGGACGCUGAGAAAGUCACCAAAGAGGAAGAAGAGGCUCCUGAAUCACCAGAUGUGCAUUUUGAACCUGUUGUGACGCUAGAGAAAGUUGACGUGAAGACUUUGGAAGAAGAUGAGGAAGUGCUAUUCAAAGUUAGAGCCAAGCUUUUUAGAUUCGACUCUGAAAACAAAGAGUGGAAGGAGAGGGGCACUGGUGACGUGAAGUUCUUGCAAAACAAGGAAACCAAUAAGGUCAGAUUAUUGAUGAGAAGAGAUAAGACUUUGAAGGUCUGUGCAAACCACAUCAUCGCUCCAGAAUACGUGCUGGCGCCAAAUGUGGGCUCGGACAGGUCGUGGGUCUACACGUGUACCGCUGAUGUUGCCGAAGGGGGCGCAGAAGCCUUCACUUUCGCUAUCAGAUUUGGAAACAAGGAGAACGCCGACAAGUUCAAGGCUGAAUUUGAAAAGGCUCAAGGUGUCAACAAGAGCUAG